AUGUCUUCAUCAACAUCAAUUGAACAACAACACCAAGAAUUUAAAAGACAAAUCUCCACGCAUGAUACUUAUCCAUGUUUUCUUCUUGAUCAAACAUUUCAACAACGUAUGUUAAGUCCAUCGUCAAAUGCUAUGCCAUCCUACUUAUCAGCUCAACCAUUUUCACCGUUAGCUAAAAGUCCAAUAACAACAUUACCAACAAAUACUAGUCGACUAUCAGCUAAACAAUCGAAUCAAUAUCGUUUAUUUCCAUCAAGUCCAUCAAAUAAUUUAAAUACAAAUCGAAUAAAUACACGUUCAGCAACACAAAUUGUUGAUGUACCUAUUGAGAAAACUAUAGUACCACUAAGAACAAUGACUGAUUUAUUUCCUUCAUUUUCUUAUAGCAGUAUGAAAACAUCAAAAGGAAAAUCGUCGCAUCAUUUAAUCGAUACAACACGUUCAGUAUCAGCAAGUACAAUUGGCGUAUCAAUAUUUGGUUUUCGCGAAGAAGACCUAGAAUUUAUUGUACAACAAUUUCAAGAUAUUGGCCAAAUUGAAAAAAUUGAACGCCCUUUAGGUUGUGAAAAAGGAAACUUUUUAAAUAUAACCUAUACUAAUCAUGUAUCGUAUCAAAAUGCCCUCAAUCGGGAUGGACGAGUUUUAAACGGAUACAUGAUUGGUGUUGUCCCCUUAAUUAAUAAAUAA